ACAACGUGGGAUAAGCCCAACACGGAGAUGGGUGCCGCCACAGCUGAGGUGGAAACCGCCAUGGCUGCCGAAGGCGCCGAAGCAGGGGAACAGGAUGGGCAGCCAGGGGCAAUGCAGCUGCUGCAGCCAGGGAUGGCGCUGGUGUCAGGCAGCGGGCUGCAGCAGGCGCCGAAGCAGGGGAAUAGGAUGGGCGGCCGGGGGCAAUGCAGCUGCUGCAGCCAGGGAUGGCGCUGGCAUCAGGCAGCGGGCUGCAGCAGACGACAGAGUACCCACUCAGCUCCAUUUGAGACUCGCAGAUCCACUAGGCUUACUGUCUUAUCAUCAAAGCUUAGCAAGCAACAAGUGAAGUGGCCUGAGCAGUAUAAACUCUACUGUGGGAGUGAGGGCUCCUUUCAUCACUCCUUUGCAGUAUGUGGAAUUCUGGUGGCGAAUGGCAUGUAUGCCCCAGACUUUAACAACCCCAAGCUGCAGGCUAUCAACCACUUCACUGAGGACAUGAAGUCUGCCCUGCUGUCUGGGGGGCUGAAGCAGUUUGAGCUUGCACUCCUUCUUGCGGGUCUGAAUGCACUCUGCCAGGGAGACGUGGGAGCACAGGGUCAGCAGGUCCGGAAGCGUGCAAAGUCUGCUGCAAGCAAUGACUGCAGCAAGAGGACAAAAUGUACCGCACAGGAGAUGGCGGGCUUGCUUAAGAAGGAGUUUCACUCGGACAUCAUGUCUGCAUCCAACUUCAAGGACAUCCCGGAGGUGAAGGUUCGGAUUGCAGAACUUAUUAAUAAAUUUGGCGGAACUGAAGGUGCCGCCACCAUGGUAGGCAUUAAGGCCAAGGCAAACACAACCGAGGAGGAUGUUGCUGAAGAAUUGAUGAAGUCACUCCGCCACAAAUGGAAGAACCUCCGCAACAUGGCUAAGAAGACACAGAAAGAGAAGGGUGCAUGA